AUGUAUAUUACCCAGGCGUUGCUCCCUGUCCUUGCAGCCCUUCCCACUACUCUCGCUCUGCACGCUGACCUAGCACUACUCUAUGCCGGUGAUUAUGUGCAACGAAUCGAUUCCUCUUAUAAUACAGCAUGUGUCCCUUUUAAUUAUCCUGAUCCAGCGGAAUUCAUAAGCGUGAAUCCUCGGCGCCUGGUUGGGGCCGACAUAUUCUGCGAUCUCUACAACAAUCCUUGGUGCCGUGGAGGGCCAGUUUACUCCGAUGUUCGUGGCAAAAAUCAGCUCGAUGGAGACGAUAUCGUAGCCGUAAAAUGCUUUGCACGGCCAAUUGACAUGUGA